CUCCCUCCUGCUUCGAUUUUUCAUUCACUCACCCUCUCUCGCCCGCUCGCUUCCGUCGAUCUGAUUCGACGAAUUUGUUUCACUUUUACAUGGGCCUUGUUUGUUUCCCCGGAAACUCGUCCGAGAAAAUGCGAGAAAGCUCGAAUCUGUGAGAUACAACCUACCUGAAACCUCGCGCUGGAUCCCGAGCAUGCUUCGUUUCUCGUGAAUUUCGCGCAUGUUGCGGCGGUUCUUCUCCGUUUGACCCUUGAUCUCGUCCUCGGUCCUUCGCCUCAGGGUUAUAAUUUGAGAGAGGAGUUGGAUUUCGUGGGCUGAUAGAAGAUGCUGUUCAAAUCUAGAAUAAAAUGGAUUGCGCUCCUUGUGCUGAUCUUGUCAGUUGGAUCUCUGGUUAUUCAUCUUUCCAUAACCAAGUCUUCAGGUGUACAGUUAGUGAGAGGAUUUGAGCAGGAAAUAGGGAUACAGGGUUUUAGGAAUAAGCACCUAUGGCGGUCUGUGAAAUCGUUAGAAACCUUGCAGCCAUACGCCAACUCGAGAAAUAGCUAUGCUGCCCCAAGUUCAGUGAACAAUGGUUUCAUCUACGCAAAGAUUUUUGGUGGAUUUGACAAGAUUAGAUCUUCUAUAUGUGAUCUUGUCACCAUAUCCAGGCUUCUAAAUGCUACCCUUGUCAUUCCGGAGCUCCAAGAAAGUCUUCGCUCAAAAGGCAUCAGCUACAAGUUCAAGAGCUUCUCCUACCUUUAUGAUGAAGACCAGUUUAUAGCCUUUCUAAAAAAUGACAUUAUGGUUGUGAAGUCUCUGCCUGAGAGCUUGAAGGGUGCAAGAAAAAGGAAUGAGUUCCCUAUUUUUAAGCCCAAAACCUCUGCCUCACCAAAUUUCUAUCUCAAGGAUGUAUUGCCAAAGUUAAAGAAAGACAAGGUUAUUGGAUUGAUCGUCUCUAAUGGGGGUUGCUUGCAGUCAACUUUGCCAGCGUCGAUGUCCGAACUCCAAAGACUCCGUUGUAGGGUUGCCUUCCACGCCCUUCAGUUCCGUUCAGAAAUCCAGUUGCUGGUCAAGAAGAUGGUCGAGAGGUUACGAGGUUGGGGGCAACCUUUUCUAGCUUAUCACCCUGGCUUAGUGAGGGACACAUUGGCUUAUCAGGGUUGUGCUGAGCUUUUCCAGGAUAUUCACACUGAACUCAUUCAGUAUCGGCGGGCUCAGUUGAUCAAGCAGAGAAUUAUUUCUGAUGACCUUAGUGUAGACUCACACUUGCGCAGGGACCAGGGAAAAUGUCCUCUAAUGCCUGAAGAGGUUGGAAUUCUUCUGAGAGCACUGGGUUAUUCCCCAAAAACAAUUAUUUACGUUGCUGGAUCUGAGACUUUUGGUGGCCAACGAGUUUUGACCCCUUUACGUGCCAUGUUCCCGAAUUUAGUGGAUCGAACUUCCUUGUGCAGCGAGGACGAGUUAUCCCAGUUGGUGGGUCCUGAAACGCAUCUUCCGCAGAAUACCUUUGAAAUGUCUCCACGGAAAACGGAUGAGCAACUCAAGGAGGAGUGGAACAAGGCAGGUCCCCGACCUCGGCCUCUCCCUCCCCCUCCAGAUAGACCUAUCUACCUGCAUGAAAAAGAAGGAUGGUAUGGUUGGGUUACUGAGAAUGACACAGAACCAAGCCCGUCGCCCAUGGAUCUUAGGAAUCAAGCACACAGGUUGCUGUGGGAUGCACUUGAUUAUUUUGUCUCAGUAGAGGCUGAUGCAUUCUUCCCUGGUUAUAACAACGAUGGUAGUGGGUGGCCGGAUUUUUCAAGCUUGGUAAUGGGGCACAGACUCUACGAGAGGCCCUCUUCACGGACGUAUCGACCAGACAGGAAAGUUAUUCAAGAACUCCUCAACAUCACACGGGAGAACAUGUACCACCCCAGACGAAACUGGACGCUUCUUGUGAAGAAACAUCUAAACUCAAGUUUAGCUGAAGGUGGGUUUAUCAGGCAGUCGAUGUUGUCAAAAACCAGGUUGUUUCUUUCGCACCCACUUCCCGAGUGCUCAUGCAGAACAUCGCCUGUCGAAGCUUCCAGGCUAGUACGGGAUGAUGAUGAUGAUGGCAGAUAUCUCUAUGGAGGGGAAGAUGAAUGCCCAAAAUGGAUAAAAUCUGCUGGAGGGGAAAAGAGCAAGUCUGAUAAUGACGAUGAAACCCCCGAUUACGAAAAUGAUCUCCUGUCUGAGCAGUCGGAAACCGACGAAGACUACCUGAAAAGUAAGGUGGAAUUAGCCUUCGACCAGGACGACGAAUGGGAUCCUAACGACUGAACCCUCAAAUUCCCCGCUGUACUUUUUUGGAGACGGAGUUCGACUUCUGUAAGAUUCUGUCGAAGAAGCAAAGGAGAAGGUGUUCUUUCGUAGUUGCCGGCUUUUAACCCUUUGUGACAGAAUGAACUUCAAAUGAAAGCGAGUUUAAAGAUAUCAACGACGGGGACAAACUGAUGCAGCCUCUCCCUUGAAACAGAUGCUUUGUAAAUCUGCAUCGAAUUCAGAUUUUUUUUUUGUCUUGGGGUUGUUUUUUUAUAUAUACAUAUAUUAAAUUGUUUUGAGGGAAACAACACUUUGUUUUUCAGAAAAGAAGAAGAAUACAUCACGUUUCAUUA